GCAUUUGCAUCAAGUGUGGGCUUGGCAUCUACGGAGCGAGGCAGGCGUGCCAGGCCAUGGGGAGCCUGUACCACACCGACUGCUUCACCUGUGACUCCUGUGGGCGCCGGCUCCGCGGGAAGGCCUUCUACAGCGUGGGCGAGAAGGUGUACUGCCAGGAGGACUUCCUGUACUCCGGGUUCCAGCAAACGGCUGACAAGUGCAGCGUGUGUGGACACCUCAUCAUGGAGAUGAUCCUGCAGGCCCUGGGCAAGUCCUACCACCCGGGCUGCUUCCGGUGCUCCGUGUGCAACGAGUGCCUGGACGGGGUGCCCUUCACGGUGGACGCGGAGAGCAACAUCUACUGCGUCAGGGACUACCACACGGUUUUCGCACCAAAAUGUGCCUCCUGUGCCCGUCCUAUCCUCCCUGCACAGGGCUGUGAGACGACCAUCCGUGUGGUGUCCAUGGACAGGGACUACCAUGUGGAGUGUUACCACUGUGAGGACUGCGGGCUGCAGCUGAGCGGGGAGGACGGACGCCGCUGCUACCCCCUGGAGGGCCACCUGCUGUGCCGCCGCUGCCACCUGCGGCGCCUCCGGCCGGGCCCGCUACCCUCGCCCGCAGUGCACGUCACAGAGCUCUGAGCAGGGCUGUGGAGGAAGGGCUGGCCGAGGGCCCAGGUCCCUGUCAUGGCGGGCCUGGCCGCCUCCACCCCACACUGCCCCCACACCCCCAGCUGCUGUCCUGUCCGCGGGGGCCGGCCCCCCGCGGUGAAGCUACUUCUAUUUAUUCACCGUUUGUGCCUCCUCCAGUUGCUUUCCUCUGGGACCUGCUGUCUCCCCCCGCCCCCAUGGCCGGCUCUCCUGAGACCCCCGCAUGCCCCCUGCAGACAUGGGUGACGGGCAGCGGCCUCAGCCCAGCCCCCGUGGCCUCCCUGUUCAGAGGGAGCCUGGGGCCCUGGAUGGAUGGCCCUGCAUUUCUGGGGUGUCUCUGAAAGCAGGGGGCGGUGGGCGGCACGUGUGUGUGCGCAUGUGUGCAUGUCGGCUGGCCGUGGGUGCCUUGUUUGGUACUGGGGGCCCGGCCUGUGGGCGCUGUGGGAUUCAGCCUUGUCAGCCACAGUUCCCACCCCGCUGCUCACUCCCCUGGCCCCGACUGGGGGGCUGUGCCCCCCCAACGCCUGGCCAAGACGCACCUGCCCCGCAGAGUCCCCGCCGGCCCCGGGUCUGGGUCCGGAGGGAGCUCGAGGCCGGGAAAGCCCCCGGCCGUGUGCACUGGGUCCUGGGCGCCACAACAAAAGGAUAGGAUCUGACUUGAAUUAAGUUCUCAUGUGAGGAGAUUUUCAUUUUCUUAAAAAGAAUACAGUUUUCUUCUAAGAACUUGGGCCAAGGUUGUUGUUCCUGAAGAAAGCCACGUGCACUCAUGAGCGUCCGACUUGUGGGGCCCGUGGCCGACGUGCAGACGGCAAGAACGCCGCGCUCGGUAUUUUUGUAUAAAUGCCUCCAAAAUC